AUAUGGGGAUAUUUUUCAGAUAUUUUUCUAUUAGGCAGGGAUUUUCUCGCUUCAUCGAUGCCAUCCCUGUCUCAGCUUGCAGCUGAUUUCACGUACUUAAAUAGGUUAUUUGACGUAUGUCAAAUUUCUGUCGUUGUCGAGAGAAAAAUUUGUUUCGGAGUGAACGAAAGUCGUUUCCGAGAAAAAAUCUGUUUUGCGUGCGAAUAAAAAAUAUCGAACCUUAAAUUCGUCAGAAAUGUGGUGGUAGUGAUGCGCCUAAAGGGGAAAAAUAACACAAAGUCAUUCAACAGCGUCUACAGAGUACUUUCUCGUUUAUGUCGAUCUGUGGAUAAAGGACAACUUGAUGGUUUCAUGGCGGAUGGCAUGGCGCCGACUUUGAAAACUGGCCACAACUCCAAUAUAGGUUUUAACAACCAGCAGUCGGUGAAGCAAUCAUCUGAGGUGUCCAGUGUUGUUUAUGCAGUGGGCCACUAUCCUCCAAAGCUCUUGCGUAAUCUCAAUGCGCAGAGAUUAAAGAACAAAUUCAGCGAUGUGGGACUGGUGGCUGGUGACAGGGUCAUCAGAGCACACAGAUCGGUCUUAGCUGCUGGUAGCGCCUAUUUCAACGCCAUGUUCACUGUCGGCCUGGUUGAGGAUCAGCAGGAGCUAGUGGAGAUUCACUCUAUCUCCCCUCACAUUCUCUCCCAGCUGGUGGACUUUAUUUAUAGUGGCAAUGUGGAUAUUACUCAGGAUAAUGUACAGGAGCUAUUCGCUGCCGCCGACAUGCUAGAAUUAGAUGAUGUAGUGGCUGGUUGUAUCAACUAUCUCAAACAGCAGCUACAUUAUUCUAAUGCUCUUGGAAUUUACAGAUUUGCAGAAGCACAUAACAGACUGGAUCUGUUGGAGACUGCCCUACGCUUUAUAGAAGUCAAUUUUCCUCAAGUCUGUCAGGAGGAAGAAUUUCUGGAUCUGCCCAAGGAGCAUCUCGUUCAGUUUCUUAGUAGCGAUUACAUUCACAUUGAUACCGAAUGCCAGGUCUUCCAAGCCGCGUACAAUUGGAUCGUUCACGACAUCCCCGCGCGGAGAUGCUAUGUAUUCGAGAUCCUCGGCCACAUACGCUUACGAUUGUGUUCAUUAGCAAGACUAGAGCGUAUUAUCCUAGAGUGCAAGGACGCGAGUCUUAUCGUCGCGCUGCGAUCCAUACAAAAAGAUUUAGUCUCGAAUAAAGGUUGCCUGGUGCCUCUUCAUGCCCAGCCCCGGGUCUGCGCCAGGAAGAACAUCCUGGUGAUUGGCGGAUCCAAACGGGAACACUCCGCAGACAGCUGGGGCAGAACCGCCGAGAGUACUUACGAAACUAUCGAGAAAUACGACAUAUUCACUGGAGAAUGGAGCGAAGUGGCUCCGAUUAGCAUAGGACGGAUUCUCCCUGGAGUGGCUCUACUGGACGGCAAGGUAUACGUCGUCGGCGGUGAAUUGGAAUCUUGCAUAAUAGCAAAUUGUGAAUGCUAUGAUCCUCGCGACAAUGUGUGGACUCCGAUCGCUUGCAUGGAAGAACCUAGAUGCGAUUUCGGUCUUUGUGCCUUGGACAAUUGCUUGUACGCAUUCGGCGGAUGGGUAGGCGAGGACAUCGGCGGCGCCAUCGAGAUAUACGAUCCGAUCACUAACAUGUGGACCCUCGAUGGUUAUCUCCCGGAACCGCGAUUCAGUAUGGGCGUCGUCGCGUACGAAGGACUAAUCUACAUCGUUGGCGGCUGUACUCAUAAUAGCCGACAUCGUCAGGACGUGAUGAGUUACAAUCCCGUGACCAGAGAAUGGAAUUACUUGGCGCCAAUGCUCACGCCACGUUCACAAAUGGGAAUCACGAUCCUCGACGGAUACAUGUACGUUGUCGGUGGCACGAGUAAAAAUCAGGAAGUCUUAACAUCGGUCGAAAGAUAUUCAUUUGAAAAGAACAAAUGGAGUGCCGUUGCUCCCAUGAGCAUGGGCAGAUCUUAUCCGGCUGUUGCGGCAGCCGACAGCCGGCUCUACGUCAUAGGUGGUGAUCAGUCGCAGGAGAUCAACUUCUAUCGCACGCAAAUCACCAUCUCGACCGUCGAGUGCUACGAUCCUCACACGAACAAAUGGCACGAGUGCGCCUCUUUACCAUCGAGUAGAGGUGAAGCGACAGCUAUUGUCGCGCCUUUCUGAUUGACGUGUCUGAUUUGCGUGAGUCUGUUUUGUUCGACAAACGUUGAGUUUGUUUCUUCAUUUGCUCUUCCAACUUUUUUAAUACUUUCUCUCUCGAUAUUUGCAACUCUCUGCGACGUCCAUCUUUACCGAGAGCAUCGUAUCCAUCAGGUAAUGGAUCACAUUCGCUAAAAGAAUCUAUAUAAUUUUAUUAAUUUUUUAAGUCCAAUAGAAACCUUCUUAAAUUUGGCUCCGUUAAUUUGGAUAUAUCGCCAUAUUUUUAUAAACCACUAAUUCAUUAACUUUUUAUAUGCAACUGCAUAGAAGAUACUUAUUAAUUUGUUUCCUAAAAAUUUUUUAUUUCUAUCGCCGCAGAGGGCUAAAAUUAAUCAGACUAUUGUAGUCUACUGAUACAUACAUUUUUUAAACAUUAUACUUAUGAAAUAUUAUGUAUAUUUUUUAGAUUGUAAUUUAAGUUCAUUCUAGACGAUCUGUAAUUCGCGACAAGAAACAAGAUGGAAAUCUACUUAUAAUUUUAUGUAUUACAUAUAUGUAUUCUGAUAUGGAUUUCUUACAUGUAUAUAUUUCAUUUCUAAUUUCGCCACGAAUUAUAAAUCGUUUAAAAUGGGCUUUUCUGAAAGAUUGUUUUUCAUAGAUAUAUGAUCAUUUACUAAGGUAUUAAGGAAUCUUGAAUUCAAAAUUUUAAUAAAUCUGAAUUUUGGUAUAUCUGUAGGAUUUAAAAAAAACCAGAAUCUAAAAAAUUCAACACACAAGAAUUUACUUUUAUAAUUUAAAGAUUUUCGAUUUUAGAGGAUUUAAAUGAUUCCAGAUAGCCGAAAUAUAAAAAUAAGAUCUAAACUAUAGAUUCUCGAAAAUUUUUUUAUCUAAAUCAUGUGAGAUUUACAAUUUAAGAUAUCUAAAAUAUAAUCAAAAUUUUAAAAAACUUAAAAUCCUUAAUAAAAAUUAUCUAGAUUAUAUUAGAGACCUAAAAAGAUUUAUAAUGAAUUUAUUAUUUUAUUUAACGUAAAAAGAAUAAGCAAAUAUUUUAGACGAAAUAAUCGUAAUUGGAAAUACUAUACUAUAGAUCGAUUGAAUCUAAAAUCUUUUUUUAUUAUUUAUUUAUGUAUUCUGAUGUGCAAAUGGA